AUGAUGUGGGGUGCAGGCAGCCGCCUGGCCUGGCUCUCUGCUGGCCCCGGAAACAUGAACAUGAGCAGCAUGGGGUCCACAGAGGGGCCCACAGGCCCUGCCGCACCUCUGCCCACCCCCACGGCCUGGGACGUAGUACUGUGCAUCUCGGGCACACUGGUGUCCUGUGAGAACGCGCUGGUGGUGGCCAUCAUCGUGGGCACUCCCGCCUUCCGUGCCCCCAUGUUCCUGCUAGUGGGCAGCCUGGCUGUGGCAGACCUGCUGGCGGGCCUGGGCCUGGUCAUGCACUUCGCUGCUGUCUUCUGCAUUGGCUCAGCAGUGAUGAGCCUGGUGCUGGUUGGCGUGCUGGCCACGGCCUUUACUGCCAGCAUCGGCAGCCUACUGGCCAUCACCGUUGAUCGCUACCUUUCUCUGUACAAUGCGCUCACCUACUACUCAGAGACAACAGUGACGCGGACCUAUGUGAUGCUGGCCCUAGUGUGGGGGGGCGCGCUGGGCCUGGGGCUGCUGCCUGUGCUGGCCUGGAACUGCCUGGAUGCGCGGGCCACGUGCGGCGUGGUCUAUCCGCUCUCCAAGAACCAUCUGGUGGUCCUGGCCGUUGCCUUCUUCAUGGUGUUCGGCAUCAUGCUGCAGCUGUAUGCCCAGGUCUGUCGCAUCGUCUGCCGCCAUGCCCAGCAGAUUGCCCUCCAGCGGCACCUGCUGCCUGCCUCCCACUACGUGGCCACCCGAAAGGGCAUUGCCACCUUGGCCGUGGUGCUUGGCGCCUUUGCCGCCUGCUGGCUGCCCUUCACCGUCUACUGCCUGUUGGGCGAUGCCCACUCCCCACCCCUCUACACCUAUCUCACCCUGCUCCCUGCCACCUACAACUCCAUGAUCAACCCCAUCAUCUACGCCUUCCGCAACCAGGACGUGCAGAAGGUGCUGUGGGCUGUCUGCUGCUGCUGUUCCUCUUCCAAGAUGCUCUUCCGAUCCCGCUCCCCCAGUGAUGUCUAG